AUGACGCCUAACAAGCGGGCUGCCGAACCUGAAGACUUGCGUCGAUCCACCAGGAUCAAAACCAACGCUCAAGUUUCGGCCCAAUCCUCCCCCGAUGUCAACGAGCCUUCUCUUCCAGCUGAUGCUGGCCUGGCCAACGAUCGACACUUUGAAGAGCAAUAUGCCAUGUUGGCUGACGACGAAAGCGACGAAGACGUCCAGCCAACGCGUACAGGAAUUGGACUAGGUCCUGAUAAGGAUCUGUCCGCUCAGUUCUUCGCUGAAGACCGUAACCCUUUUGCUAAUGCUAGCUUCCCCAACACCACUGGACAGUUGAGCCAUGAGGAAAUGAUGAUUGCGAUGUUGCUUCAGGACGAUGACGAUGCGGCGUUGGUCCAAGGCGAUGAGAAUGCGCUGUUCGUUCAAGACGAUGACGAUGCGUCGGUUAUUCAAGACGAUGGCGACGGAGACAUUCAACCGCUCCUGAGCGGUAUCGAAUUCGGUUCUGAUAUGAAUCUGUCCGGACAGGCCAUUCCACCCGCAAAGCCUGCGGCGGCGUCCGAGCUCGUUGGAGAAGCACCCGGAUGGGGAGAAGACCGUACGGGAAUCGCAGACACUUAUGCAUGGUUCAAGAUCCCCCAAGGAGGCACCUACACCUCCAAAGGAUUCUUCUUCGGUCUCCUGCUCGGCAAAAAUGGCGGGCCUCGGUGCUACGUCGACAAUGACACCAUCAUUACUCGAGUUGGAGGCGGCAAAAACGAAUAUGACAAAGGAGUUUCGAGACAGACCAAAGACCAGACACUGGAGGACUCUGAAGUCUACUCGCUGUUCAACAGCAAGGCUAACAAGGUCGCUAUUGGUGUUAUCAUUGAUCGCGAUAAUCAAAACCUCACGCCCCCGCGAACCUUCCUCCACAAGUUCAGUAUCAUGGCCGAGUACCGCAUUGUCGAGGCCUGGAGGGAGAAGCUCAACGGUUGUAAAUCGUUCCGAAUGCGACUGGAGAGAGUCGACCUGACUGUGAAGCCUUGGUUUGCGCUGAAGAGUUCGCCUGAUCCCAAGCUUCUCGCUCAACGCAACAUUCAGCCCAAUUACCAGAGAUGCGGUGCCUGUGGUGUGGAGAGCUUCCAAGUUUACGCGCUGGCAUGGAUCUGUCUGCAGCACGACUGCGACAAGUUCUGGACGCUCCCGGAUGGAUCGGAACCCCCGGUUAACAUGGAGUUUUGCAAAUACUUCCUCUCCUGGCGUCAGCCGUUUGACCCGGAGAUCCAGAUGAAGUAUAGCCUGAUCCCGUCCUGGCCCUAUAACCUGACCAUCAGCGAUCACCCCCUAGCGCAGCAUGUCAAAGCUAACUGGAAGCCGGGCAUUGUGUGCAAGGUGUGCAAGCGUGCCGUAUCCCGCUGCUACUGGGACGGCUGGAGGUGCAAGAGCACCAAGACAGGCGAGGAUUACGAAGGGGACUGCCCCGGCAACUUCCAGUUCCUGGUGAAAAUGUCCGAGCUGCCACUUCGCGCGGCCAUCACUGAGCAGGAGCUGGCCCCUGUCCGACGUCCUGUGCUCUUUCAGGAUUACACCCCGCUGCGCAAGAUUAGCAUCUACGAUAGACAUCUGCGUCGCCCUACGUGGAUUAAUGAUCAGGCAUGCUCCCCCUAUCGCAUGGUUGUCUACAAUCUCCCAGGCGCCGGAGUUGUUAUUCGGUUUGUCUCCAACAGCGAGAUCAACGGACAGCCCAAUGGGCCCGGUGAGCUGUACAAGCAGCUGCAGCGAGAUUCAGACAGGCUCAACCUUCAGCGCUAUCCUUUGGACAAGGCUAUUGCCAAAGGAACGUUGACCUCGGAAUUUGCUGCCAAUUUCGGAAUGCCAUAUGACUUCAGCGUAAAAGUCCCAUCGACCCCAUUCAGAGAUGCCCCCGAGCCGCUCCGAUUCAUACUAGGGCGCCUGAAGUGGGCGACCGAGCAAGUUUACGCCACGUACCCCAAUGUAGGCGAGCUCGCAUAUCUCCCAAACGAAGUCCUUCUCCUAGCCUACAUUGAGGGCAUGGCCAUCAAUUACCAUGACGACGGUGAAGAGACUUUGGGUUCGAACAUUACAUCCCUCUCGCUUGGAUCAAAGGGCGACUUCUCUCUGCGCAUCAAAGACAAAUACUUCCGCGGGUUCACCGAGGGUAAGGGGGGUAAGAAAUUGGUGCUCCAUCCUGAUGACGAUCCAGUUCUGGAGGGAUGCGCGAACUACGAGUGGCGCAAGGAGUUGAGGGACCGCUACGUCAAUGGAGAGAUGGGCUUGGACCACUAUUACGAGACGUGGCUGACCAAGUAUCAGCAAAGUCCCAUAGUGGCAACGCACAAGCAAGUGAUCAUCAAAUUCGAGUUGCACCACGGGGACAUGAUGUCAAUGCAGGGCGCCGGAAUUCAAAAGUAUUAUGAUCAUGGGGCUACAUUGGACACAAAGGAACAUGGCCCAAAGCUCCGCUUUGCCAUUACGGCGCGCCAUGUUCUUUUGACAGACGAGAAUAAAGAUGACUGGCACAUGGGGUUGUACGACUCUACGCUUGUUCCAGAGUAUGACGGGAAAUAG